GCAGUACAUUUCUCCGCACGAUUCGAUAUUUCCCCUCUUGUCAUACAUUCGUAUGUUUCUCCUACCAUCAGAGAUGAGGCGAUGUUUUUGUCAAUCACAAUGAGGGACGCUUAUUAUUAGUGUUUCACUGGCUUCUUUAAUAAUGCGUUCUGGAUCUCCUCACUCUGGUAUAUUAUACUUGAUUAUUAACGAUUUGAAAUUAGAAGAUCCAUUUAUCAACUCUAAGAAGGCAUCUUGAAGAAUAUCACACAUUAAGUAAACAAAAUUCUAACUGAACAGAAGGUGAGAAGAUAUUUAACUGGUAUGAGUAUAUUCGUAGAAAUAUUGAAUAUGAUAGAAAAGAAUCAGCAAUUAAUUAUAUUGAGAAAAUAUAUUGGACUCAUUAUGGAUCAAUAGAUGAGGUAAAGAUAUUAAAAUCAUUUUGGAUAGAUAACCCAAGACUAAAUAUUGCUACAGUUUAUGAUAUGGCAUGUGAGUAUGCUUUAGAAGAAAAUAUCAAUGAUUUAUGGGUACAAUUACCAAGAGAGGUGAAAAAUAUUUUUUGUGAAAAUAUAUAUACGGAUUAUAAGUGUCUUACUUUAGCAUAUUGGCAAUGUUGUAGGGAUGGAAAUUUAUCGUCAUUUAUUAGAUAUCUUGAAACAGUAAUACAAUCAGGAAGGACAUAUAUACAUAAUCAUUUAUAUAAUAGAUAUCAUUCAAUAGAAGAGAAUAUGUUUAGAUUGUCGGUCUAUGGAGGAUAUAGCAAGGCUGUAGAAUAUUUUUGGGAUAAGUUAAAUAAGGAAGAAAAAAACAGAAAUAUAGUUAGUGGUAUACAAAUAUCUAUUACUAGCCAUAUUCCUGAUUAUACAACAAUUGGGGAAUCUUGUCAUAGACAAGAAAAGUGUGUAGAAAUAUGUAUAUUUCUUAUAAAUCAAGUGAGAGCAUACCAUAAGAGAAAGACUAUAGCUCGUAUUGUAUAUGAUUCAUUUGAGGAUAAUAUAUAUGUAUGUAGCAUUGUAAAACUGAUAUUAUCCAUGUGGCCAUGGCAAGAUUUUCUUGGACAAAUAUUAGACGAAUUAGAGGCAGCUUUGAAGACGCAAAAGAAUGGCUAUACAGGUUUAAAGUUGUUACAUUUUGUCAUAUCUUGCAUGAAAAGAGAUUAUAGAUUAGGUUAUGUAAUAGAAAAUAGUAAGUAUGGGAUGAUACUACAUGAAGUAUGGGAUAAAAUCCCUGCAUGCUUAAAAUCAAAGAUAGCUGAGGCAGAUCUACAUUUAGAUUUCAUACGAGAUUUAUUAGAAAUUUGGGACUUACCAGGCAUAAAGUUAAUAAUUAAUACUCCGGAGAUGAGACAAUGGAAAGAAAAAUUAUUCGAUUCUGGAUAUAUAAAAUGUAUAAAGAUAGUAUCGCUAGUAAAGAUAGGACAAUAUGAAUUAUUAAAUCAAUUCAUAGAGGAAGUAUUUGUUUCUAACAAAGAGAAGAAGCUUUUUAAACAAGCCAUUAAUAUCUGGGAUUAUUUCAUAAAUGAAGACCAAUAUGAUUUGGCAGAUAAAUUAUUAGAUUGGCAAUCUGAUUCCAUAGAAGAGAGGGAAGAGCUUAAGAGUAAGAUAAAUCAUAUAGAGCUUUGCCUAAAUUUUAUAAAAGAUGAUCAAUACAAAUUAGCAGAUAAGUUGCUAGAUUGGAAAUUUCCUACAAAACAAUUAAGAAGUGUUUGUAAGGAUAGUUUUAAAGAGAAUAAAUCUUCAUAUAAUUAUAUUUAUAAACUAUGGGCAGUAGAAAAAGAAGAUGUAGAAAUAGCACGAAAGAAAUCUCAUAAGUUUUUAAAAUGGUUUUUAGACUCAGAAAAAGAGAUAGAAUCGUUUAAGAAACAGAAGUUAGUAAAUGACCAAUUAGAAGAAAUACUUUGUGAUAUGUUUAUAGAAAAUAAUUAUUUUGAAAUAAUUGAGUAUUUUUUAGAUUGGUGUUUAUUAUCAAAAGAGGAAAUACAAAACUUAAAGCAAGUAGUAGUAAAUAAGAAAAUAUUUAGAAAAUGUAAAUGCAAUAUAAUGUGGAAUUAUGUAGAUAUAGCAGAGAAAUUUAUUAAUUGGGCUUUUGAUGAAGAGGCAGAAAAGACAAAUUUUAUUAGACAAUUUGUGUUAUCAAAGGAUGGUAUAGCGUGUUGUGUUGAUUUUAUAGGAGGGGCGCGUGAAGGCAUUACUCGCAACGAUAUACCAACACUUCACGAAGCAAAUAUUAAAUUUAAUAAAUUUAUCGAUUUUUGGAUCAAACCUCUAAAUAACCUUGAUGAAGUGAAAGAUAAAUUAAAAGACUAUAUAUUUCGCUAUGGUCCAUAUGAAAAUAUAGAUAAGUAUGACAUGUUUAUCCGUUUAUUAGACAGAGUAAAUCCAACUAAUGAGGGAUAGACAUAAGUUAUAUGGGAUAGUAGUAAUAUGAAUAUAUAAUUAUCAAAUUUUUAAGUAGUAUUAGGUGGUACAUAUAUCACAGACUAAUAAGCCAGAAGUAAUAGUUACUAAUAAGUGAGCCUAUUAAUAAUCAAUGAAUUAAUAUUUUUAAUAAUUACGUGGUGGAAGUAAUUUGAUACAGAACAAUGUCAAGGUACUGUGGAGAGCAAUAUGCUUUAUUAUCAGAAUAAACAUCAACUAUACAUUCUCCAUUAAAGUCAUGAUUUUCCUUAAAUUUCAUCCUUAAUGCAGUGAUCUCUAAACUAGAUAUGGAGUAUAUAUUUUUAAUAGGAAUACUGCUAAAUCGUUAGUAUUUAAAUCUACAAAAUGGAAAUUAUAAUUAAUAAAGAAAUACUAUCAAAGAAUGACAAUAUAUUUAUAGAAUUGUGUAUUUUAUAAUUCGUAUAUAUAUAUGGAAAAUAUUCUAUUACUUUCACAAACAUUGUUUUUCCUUUUAAUGUUAGAUUUAAGAAGCACGAAAAGAAAUCUCAGUAUGCAAUUGUUUAAAAAGAUCUCAACUAUAUUAUUUCUUAAGUUUUAUAAGAUGACUGAUUUUUCCUGACGGAGACAACGAAUCUUGUUUACACGUAGUAUUUACUGUAGCGAAUAAAUAGAAAAUAAAAAACAGAUGCAAAGGCACGCAGCGUGUUGUUUAAACCAUAACGAAUCUAAAAGAUAGAGACAUGACUCACUGAUAAUACAGAUUUUAUGCAGCAUCCGCAUUUCUUCCUUGUAAAUUGCAACACGACCUUGCUUUACUGUGUUUCAUCUCAGAAAUAACCACUUACGGUGACAUCUUAAAAGAUACGAUUGUAUUUCACAGCAACAGUCAACGACUGUGAAUUCAUUUUAUAAGUCAGUGGUAGGAAGAAGGAAAUGAGAUGUUUCAAGAAAUCAUGAGAAUAUAAAUAAUGAAUGGAAUGCAGUUUAAUGGUUGAAAGGAAGAGACUGUACAUUCGGGAACACGUACAGGAUAUUUUAUAGUAUUUUAUAACAUAUAUUUAAUGGACUACGUGCAGCUUCUGGGAGUUUUAGACUUCCAUUUUUCAGUAAUUUAAAGCCACUUCUAUUGUUAAUACUUUUAUUAUAUGUAUACUUUUCAAAGAAAUCUAUUUUUUAAUAAAUAUACAAAAUAUAUACGCUAUAUGCAUCUUCUAUUUAUUAUAUAUUAAUUUUACUAAGUUAUUUGUUAAACAGGAGUUUAGAAUUUAAUAAACAAUAAUGUAUUAUCUUCCUUUUUAUGUAUUUUCAAAUAUUUAACAUGCUAUUAAACGAUUCGAUAUUCAACAUA